CCCAGACACCCAGCCAGCCCUGGUUUAUGGUUUGACCCAGGACAAAGGCUUCAUCUGGCAGCUGAAGUGGUGUCCUGCAGGAGGCUGGGAGCCUCCCAGCUGUGGCAGGAAGGCUCCUUUCCUGCCCAGGCUGGGUCUCCUGGCUGUAGCUUCCUCCAGCGGCGUGGUCACCAUUUACAGCCUGCCUCACCCUGAUGCUCUGCUGUCCAACACAA